UGUUCGGUUUCUUUGUUGUUCGUGAUGAAACAAUUUCUAGCAUUGGUGGUCCUGUUAGGGAAAAUUUUAGUUUGGGGCAAAGUUCUCGUCGACGUCGACGAAGAAAUUUACGAGUGCGAAAAUUCGCUCCCUAUUGCGGCAGUUCUUUUCUCCAAUCUCGAAUACACCCUGGACGAUGAUGAGGUCCUGACGAUCAACGGAAGAAUCGACAUUACGGACGAUUACGAGGCUCCAAUCGGGCUCAACUUUUCCUCCCAACAUUUGGAGCGUGGCGAAUGGAGGACGGGCGUGUUCAGCUCGUUGAUCAAGGAUUUCUGCCCCGACAUUCUGAACCCCAUGAAGCCGUGGUAUUUUGUGACGAAAACGCUGAAUCAAACCAAGUGCCCGUACAAAAAGGGGCACGUGGAAAUAAUGGAAGAUUUCAAGUACGGGACGUACGGUGUUCCUAUUCCGUUCAACAUGCUGGGCGAGUGGAAAUUAUUCUGGGAAAUUACUGCUAAACGCAAUGGACAAAUGGUGAAGGAGUGCAACAUGCAGCGAGUUUUUCUAACGGAUGGUUAGAUAACGUCAUGAUUCGAAUUCCCGGACGCUCCGAAACCCGGACACCUCAUCUUGUUUUAUCAAUUAUUUGGAUAUAAGUUCGCAUUAUGAAUGUCAAAUUGUGUUAUUUGAUGAAUUCUAACAUCAACAUUCAUUUAAAGUUUGUUUGAACGCUGUAGUUAAUGCCAAAACAAUUAUUUAAAAUAAAAUUAUAAGUUUACCAAAAAAUGUGAAACAUUUCACUGAAAUAUUUCAUAGGCGUCCGAUGGACCGGGAAGGCAGAGCACAAAUUUAUGGUUUUGAUUUCCUUAAAUUCUAGCAAAUUCUUAUAUAAAAUAUCGAUUGUUUUGAUGUUAACAGCUUAUUUGAGACCUAAAAAAUGCCAUUUCACUAACAUUUCAGUCCAAAUUUGUGAGGUUCAUAAGCAACAUCGAGUGUCCGGAAUUCGAAGCAAAAGUGUCCGGAUUUCGAAACAGCUUUUAUCAGUGUCCGAGAUUCGAAGCACAAGUCAUUUUAAUUUCAAAAUUCUGAUGAAUAAUUAUUAGAAAAGACAUAUUUUGCAUGUAUUCUCUUAAAACUGACUGUUUAAACUACAUCCUGAUGAUGUUUCUACAUUUCCAACUUGUUACAUGAUUUUUAGCCAGCUAUAACAAAAAUGAUAUGCUACUAAGUGUUCGGAUUUCGAACUAUGACGUUAAUUGUUGUGAUUUUGAAUUUUCCGGAU